AUGCUGACCAAUCGCCGUCGCCCAACCCUAAGCCAAAAGGAAGAACUGGUCCCCGGCCUAAACGGUAAGCCCCAUUCCAUAACCCCAAUUUCCGGUCGCUCGCGAUUACAAUUCCCAAUUGCUUUAUAGUAAUGACCAAACUCUCUCUGAUGGCCGACUAAGAUACUACACAAAUGAGUUGAGAGUGAGAGAGAGAGCGGCCUAGGGCGUCGUAAGUAUUGUUUGAGAGUCAGUUGGAGCCUACUAACCUUUCCCUUUUCGUUUCAGAGGCCCUUAAACAGAAUUUCAAGCGGUAUGCCGAUGACUUGGAUACACAAUCGCAGAGACAUUUGUGCGAAUUCCUUAGGCUACGCGGAGACAAUGUGAGGCCGAAGAGCGAAGCUUUCGCCGCUGUGCUACAAGAUAUUGAGCUGAUGGAGGUGUGCAAAGAGAUCACUGCUGCUGCUUUGUGGGAAGUCGGAGCUGACGAAAAAUUGGCCGAUUUUUGUCUUGAGGUAAGCUAAAGCUUUUUGGACAUCCUUGAGUCAUCGUAUUUAUCUUACGGUGGAUAAAAAAUCACCACCAAAAUCUUGCACUUUUUUCCUAUAAGCAACAUUCAAUAAUAUCAAUAUAUUUGCAGCUCAUUGAUGUGAUCCCUCAACUUGUUGUACUCCGAAAACUCAGGCUAAAUGAAGACGUUGAUGAAGUAGAAAUGACCCCUUUACUCGACGAGUUCAUGGACCUUGGAAUGAAAUACAUGAACCUGAACGAAAAGGACAAGCUCAGGUUAAAGAUGAUCGGCCCCAAGGUCCGACCGCUCUUCCUAGACUUUGGCUUCGCCAGCAGCAUCAAGUUCCUCUUGGAGCAUUUUGAACGAUGA